UGAGUCAAGAUCGAACUGGCAAGUUGUAAAAACUGAGAAACCGACGGCGAGACGAGAAAAAGGCAAGAGACCCUCCCUCUAGGAUCAUCGCACAUAGAGAGACGGAGAAAUGGAUCCAAGGCUUACGGAGGUUUCCCAGCUAUUCGAACGAUUCAAAGCUGCUUUCACAAGAAAGGAUUUCGAUGGCUGCGAUAAUUUUCUUUCUAAACUCAAGGUCUUACUGACUGGCUUCAAAAGCCUUCCGCCAUUGUUUCAAGAAACACCCAAUGCUGUUCAGGAGUUAACAAUAGCAAGGGAUAUAUAUGAGCAUGCAGUUGUUCUUACUGUGAAAACUGGGGACCUUGAUGCCUUCGAGAGGGAUUUCUUUCAGUUGAAACCUUACUACACAGAUGCAGGUGCGCGUCUUUCACAAUCCCCUCAGGAGUACCUUAUCUUGGGCCUCAAUUUAUUGAGACUCUUAGUGCAGAAUAGGAUUGCAGAGUUCCACACUGAGCUGGAGUUGCUUUCCGCUGCUGCCCUUGAGAAUGCUUGUAUCAAACAUGCUGUAGAAUUAGAGCAGUCUUUUAUGGAAGGUGCUUACAACCGUGUUCUACGUGCAAGAGAGACUGUACCACAUGAAACCUAUGAUUAUUUCAUGGACCUUCUAUCGAAGACUGUCAGAGAUGAGAUUGCUGGGUGCAGUGAAAAGGCAUAUGAUUCACUUUCCAUCCGAGAUGCUAUCAAAAUCUUGCUCUUCACUUCCGACCAAGAAUUGCUUGAAUACAUCAAAGAGGAGCACCCGGACUGGGAGGUAAAGAAUGGUUUGGUGAUAUUCCAAAAGGCGAAAGACUUAGCACCAAGCAAGGAGAUUCCAUCUCUGCAGCUCAUCAACCAGACUCUAAGUUAUGCCCGCGAGUUGGAGCGCAUUGUGUGAAAGAGAAUGAGACCGAUGGGAUAUUAUUGUAUUGUGUUUCCUGGGUUUCGCAGUUCAAAUGCCUGCCUGAUGAUUAGGACACUCUUUUUAACUGUUGAGGGGAGAUACAUAUAUGUUUAUUUGCAAUUUCAUUACCUUAAUGUCUCUUUUAAAAGAUCAAACAUGUUCUACUAAGAUGUUAUUGUUGGUUUCUUCUCCUAUUAGGAAAACUCUUGGGCUGAUUUGAAUUUCAGUUUAGAUUUGAAGCU